UUCCAACUUGUUCGAGGCUGGAUGCGGCUCGAACAGCGAGUGGUGUUUUGACGUCGGGUGUGUGUGAAGUGAUUUGGGCUGCUGUGUGUU